AUGUCGACCCAGCAGUCCCCAAACGACGCCGGGCAAUCACCAAGCUCCAGCAAGACCGAAGAGAACAUAGCGGGAAAUCCUGAAAGAAACAGGACCCUAUUCCCACGUGUGUCGCCAGCGCCUUAUGACCACGAGGCUGAUGCGGCUGCGGUUGCGCAGAUGCUCGCCAAUCGGCCUUCGUUUCAGCCAGAACCUGAUCGCUCGAAAGACACUCCCACUGCGUUGUUCUCUGAUCGCCAGCGCUGGGACCCUAGGAGAACGAUUCGGCAUAACGAUCCCCCCAUGAUUGAUGACUUUGCGUACCGACUUAGUGAAGCCGCUGCCCGCGCCGCCAACAAAGGCGCAUCAGUGCGGCGCGCAGGCUGGCGAAACGAUCUGGACAAGCCGGCGGGCAGCGCAUUCUUGAAACCCUUUUCCGAGCUUCCUGUGAAAACCCAGGAGAGUAUCAAGGCCCGUAGAGAUGAUAUGACGGACGGGGAGGGAGAGGAGCCGCCUCUCACUAUGGUCAAUAGAGAGACCAGCGUUGGAGAGGACGACGGUCGUAUUGUACCGGGACGUGAUGCGCCUAUGCUACAGACCACUGGCACCCAUGAGUCCACGAACGAGCAUGCCGAAUUUCAUGCACCCCCAUACCCUAAGCGCGCAAUGCGCUUCCCGCACCAUGGCGACAGACUUCCGGCAAGAUUCGCCCGUAUCCCUCCUCCCGGACCCUUUGACAAGCUUCAUGGCAGCACGGAAGUCAACGUUCCACUGCCCGUUCACAUGUCUGCUCAAGAGGUCUGCGAACUCGUCAAUCAGAAGGUGGAUAGUCUGCGUGUGGACAUGAACAACCGGUUCAAUCGUGAGCGUGAGCUUACCGACCUGCGUAUCGCGGAGAUUAAGCAGGAUGAUAGCAAGGCCAUGGGGUUGGAGAUUAAGUUAAAGAUGAGCGAGGACGAGAAGGAGGAGUAUAAGAAGGAGAUUUGGAGGUUGCAGGAGAGGAUCGGACAGUUGGAGGGGAAGGAGUAG